AUGUACCUUAUAUUGCUGUUCUCCGCUGUUCUAAUUCAUAUUGUUAUUUGUAAUGAGUUGAAUCACAGUAAUCAAGGCAGCGAGAUUAAACAGAGUGCUGCAGAAAACAGGAAUGUCAUGAUACCUCACAAUGCAUCGUACAUUGAAAAAGCAGAAAAUAUGAUUCGUAUGCCAACAAUAAAUCCAUUAGAAGACAAAAAGAAGAAGUUUUUAAAGAAAUCACCGAAAAGAACGAUACAGAAAAUAAUAAAAAAGAAGAAACAAAAGACUAAAAGAAUAUAUGUUAUUAAAUUACAAACUACUACAAAAACUGCACACACAUAUUAUGAUAAAGGCCAGGAUGAUUUGUCUGCCUGGAAAGAUGAUCAAACAACGUUGGCCUCAAAUCUAAGAAAGAAACCAAAAAAGUACAAAUUAAAGGGAGCCAGAAAUCCUACGCCAUUCCAGAAAUUGCAGAAGAAGAAAUUUUAUAAAAGAGAAAAGAGAGGGGCUGUUGAUAGAGAAGAUGUAUACAUAUUAAAAGAUUUUGAUGAACUAAAAUUUUUGAACACAAAUAAAGAUUUCAAUGUGGUUCAAACUCAUGUUAAGAAAUAUUGGUAG